AUGGACAUACUCUUGGGUCAAACUUAUGAUGAAGCUGUGACAUUACUAAGAAAUAAAACAAUCUCCAACGAGAAGAGUAUACGGCCAGUACAUAACCAAUCUUCUAGGUUAGAUGUUUACAUAAUAUUUGAUAUAGUUUCAAUUAUAAGGUUUGAAGAGGUUCAUGAAAGUUUAACUGUCGUUGCUGGUUUAACACAAACUUGGACUGAUGAGUUUGUCAACUGGAAUCCUGAUGACCACGGUGGUAUGAAAGAUAUUGUCACAGAAAGCGGAAACUUUUGGAAACCAGAUUUGAUCCUUGUUAACAGUGUAAACAAAUUUGAUAAACUUGGUGAGUCUUGGCAGAGAAUUCGCUUCAACCACAAUGGUCUUGCUACUGUUAUUGAAGCAGAUACGUUGUCUGUUCUGUGUAUGGCAAACUUAGAAAACUACCCUUUUGGUGAUCAUUGGUGUAGUUUUCAAUUUUCAUCAAUAAUUUAUUCACCAACGGAAAUGUCUUUGCAUCCAGUCCUGAAGGAGGUAAUUACACGCUACUUUGUUGAAAGUGGAACAUGGAAUCUCAUAGGUUCAGAUAUGGAACAACUUUAUGAUAACGCCACUGUAGUUUUCCGUAUCAAUUUGGCAAGAAGGCCACGUUUUGUACUUACAAAUGUCGUGUUGCCAAUUAUUGCAAUGACUUUCUUGAAUGUGAUUAUAUUUCUGAUUCCGGUUGAGAGUGGAGAGCGUAUGUCAUAUAAUAUAACAGUAUUGCUGGCCAUCGCGGUAUUUCUAAGUCUUGUUGGCGAGAAUCUCCCACAGUCAUCAAAGCACAUGCCAGUGUUUAGUUUCUAUCUGUUAACUAUUCUAUUGAUGAGUGUUGUUAUAACUAUUGUGAACAUUUACAGUCUACGGUUAUACUACAGAAAAGACACAGGCCCUACAAAUGGGUUGUUGGAAACGGUGACAAGAAACAUUAUACAUCACAAAGAAUAUAACAGGCACACAAGCAGGAAAGUAGAAAAUACAGAUGUCUUAAAAGAGGAAAUGGAGAGCAAAAGUAAAGAACAUCCUAAGCAGGCAGAGAAAGGACAUGUAAAUAAUGGUAACAAUAAGAAAACAAUUUCUCCACUUAUCAACAGGACUGUGAUAUGGAAAGAAGUGAGCAAUAUGAUUGAUAUAGUCAGUUUUGUCGUUUUUAAUAUUUUUAUCACCGUUGCUACUAGUGUUUUCUUCAUUGUUGUUUGUACCUCAGGAAAGAAUAAGUCAAAGAUAUAG